AUGGAUGCCUUCGCUGAGCCGCAAUUGGAGAAGGCGCUCGCGUAUUUCGAGAAUUUUCGAAUUCUGCUGGCAGGGCGGCACUUUGAACUCCCGCCCAGUGUGUUCCGUUUUCAUAGUGACACCGUGUUGGUUCAGUUGCAGAACUCCAGGAAUGCUGCAUUGCCUCGAAGAUCCAUCGAAGCACAGCUUGAAACACAGGAAGCGCAGGAACCCGAUCGGCCCAUGCUCCCGAAGUUGCCGAAGCCAUUCGUCAACACCCCUGAGGUAGAGAGGGCGGCGCCCCCACCCGACAGGCCACAGGACGAGGCAACGCCGGCGCAGGACGGCGCCGAGGUAGAGAGUCUCCGACUGAAGAUUCGUGAUGUACUCGGUCAGGCUGCCGAGGACGGGACUUUGGCCGCCUCCUUGAGCCAGGUGGAACCCCCACCACGGGCGCCGUUUGCGCCGCUCAAGGCCGCGGAGCCGCUGGUCAUUCGGCGGAAAGCGGCUCCGACCCCCGAGGCCGUCAAAGCUGAAGCUGUUGCCCCGGACUGUCACGGCACAGGGAUGGCCGUCAAAGCUGAAGCUGUUGCCCCGGACUGUCACGGCACAGGGAUGGUUCCCGAAAGUGUUGGGAGCACGUCGCGCCGGGCCAUGGCGCCUUCGCCGGGCAUGAGUCGCGCAGGGUGGUGGGUGACCAUGCUGGCGGCGCAGAUUUCGGCCUGUGGAGUUGGAGUCUGUCACUGUGAAGAGGAAGGUGAGCUGGACCGGCUGCCGGCAAGUUUGGGCCGCCAAGAGCGUCGAGCCUUCGCCGCCAUGUUGAAUGCCCAACAGCCAGCUGCGUGGGUUACCUGGGACCCGCUGCUGGGCCUGAAGGCCCCUGCCCGCACUGUCGUCUGGAAAGGUAGACGUGGGGCUUGGUUUCGGAGACGCAUGCGGCGCUGGUCUGGCUGGCCAUAUCGUGGGAAGAGGGUGGGGGAAGCAAGCAAUCCGGGACCUGAACCGGGCACGCCUGUUGGCGGAGAACGGCCUCCUCGUGAGCGCUCUCCUCCUCGCGCGGGCUCCGCCCCCGGGCCUGCGGCUGCUGCUCAACCGGCUGCACGAGUUGCAAGUGCCAAGGCAGUCGGUAGGGUUUACUGCCCUGUGUCCACCUGCCCGUGCUCGGAUGCUGCCCGGGCCCGAGGGUGGGCCAAUGUGGCCGCUAUGCGCUCGCACAUCGACGCUCACCUCGCUGGGGCAGCAGGUGGCGAGGUGCCACAGGCCUGGCUGCAAGCCAAUGGACGCACCAGGUGUUUGGUUUGUGGCCUUAGUGUGUCAGAAAAAUUUGGCAUCCAUCCAACAUGCCGCCCUGCUGCUCGGGCUGCUGCUGUCGCUGAGGGCGACCCCAUGGAUACUGAUGAUCUGGACUUGCCGUCCUUUGAAGCCAUUCAGGCAGCCCGGACUGCCACCUUGCGCCACGUCCCCGCCAAAGCACGCCACCUCUGGAACCAGCUUCUCGCUCGUGCCUUGGCUGCUGUCGCGCAUCGCAAUGAUGAGGAAGCCUGGCGCGAGCUACUCAUGCUGCCGCAAAGUGUACUCUGCGCGCCAGCGCGACGGGGGAAGAAGCACGCGAGAGCCGUCGCUGCUUUCGUCCUGGAUCGCAUGCAGCGAUGGCAGGAGGGGGAGCGCAGGUCCUUAUGGGACACGCGCCCUCAGCACCGCCAGCGGUGUUCUGCAGCGCCCACGCCUGAGGAGCGGCGAGGCCUGGCUGAAGCGUGGGGAAGGGAGGGGUUCGACAGAAAAGCCUGCGCGGCCUUGUUGUCUAAAGGCUUAUGCCCUGACAACGCUGAGACUGCUCGGGCUUUGGAACUCCUUCAUCCCCAGAGAGCUCCUCCCGCAGCUCGACCGCCGCAGGAACUUCCUCUUGCGCCUGAAGUCGCAGCUGAGGUGGUGGCCCGCUGCCUGCGUGCUUUUCCUGCUGAAACAGCCCCGGGGCCCACUGGCCUCCGUGUGCAGCACUUGCGCGACGCCUGCAUUGCUGGCGGACAUGAGGCCUUCCUCUCGCAGCUCACUGCUGUCGUCAAUGUUCUUGCUCAAGGACGUGCUCCGCCUAGUGUCGCCCCUGUGUUGGCCGGGGCUGGGCUGGUCGCACUGCCGAAGGCCAGCGGGGGCGUCCGGCCCAUUGCUGUGGGUGAGCUCCUGCGCCGGCUCACUGGCAAGUGCCUGAUGAGUCUGGUCCGUGAUGAGGCUCGCGCCUAUUUCUGGCCGGCUCAGGUUGGGGUCGCGGUCAAAGGAGGUGCAGAGAAAGCGGUCCAUGUUCUGCGGGCUUGGACUAGCCGCCACGCGGGUUCUUCUCGCAAGGUUUUGGUCAAACUGGACUUUGCCAAUGCCUUCAACUGUGUCCACCGGGACACCGUACUUGAUGAAACUACAAACCGCUUCCCUGCUCUGGCACGCUGGGUUACUUGGUGCUACCGGCAACACACGCGGCUCCAGUUUGGAGCUCGCGCCCUGGAGUCCUGCUCUGGUGUUCAGCAGGGCGACCCGCUCGGGCCGCUGCUGUUCGCAGCUGCCUUGCAGCCUCUCGCCAGCCAGCUCCACCAGGGCAGGACCCUGGACAUUGCAAUGCACUUCCUGGAUGACGGUGUGCUUGCCGGUGACAUUGCCGCGGUCAGUGCUGCUCUGACCCUGGUCCAGCAGCAGGCCUCCGCAAUUGGACUGCAACUCAACCUGCGUAAGUGCGAAGUUGUGGCUUUGGGACCUAUUGAUGAGGGCACCAUGCGCGCAAGUUUCCCGGCUGCCCUGCUGCUCCAUGCUGAUGGUUCUGGGAGAGUGCUCAGGAACUUCGAGUUCCUGGGGGCCGCUAUUGGGGACGAUGACUUCAUCCAGACACACACCCUGGCGCGGGCAGAAAAAGCGGGUGAAUUGCUGGAGGCGCUGGCCGAGCUUGAGGACCCCCAGGUGGGACUACGCUUGCUGCGGGCGUGCGCCGGCUUCUGCCGCAUGGUUCACAGCAUGCGCUGUAACCCGCCUGCAGCUCAGGCUGCAGCUUUGGCCCACUUUGAUGGGCUGGUGCGGCGGUGCCUCGGUGGUCUCACUGGCAUCCAUGUUACUGCUGAGCAGUGGUUGCAAGCCUCUCGAGGGCUCGCGCACGCGGGGCUUGGGCUGCGCUCUUGCUCUGCCCAUGCGCCUGCUGCCUACUUGGCCUCGGUGGGGGCCUCCCUGGAACACUGCAGUGACCUCGACCCCAACUUCUCAAAGGAGGCCGUUCAAACCUCGAACCAUGUGGUCGGGGCUUUCCACCUGUUCCAGAACGCCGUGGGCAGUCGGGUUGCUACGCUUGCUGCUGCUUUGCAAAGCAAGCAACGCGACCUGUCUCAGCUUUUGGACUCCACCUGCUUCGCUGCCCAGCUUGAACACAGCAGCCACGUCGCUCGGGCUGCCCUUCACUCUGAAGCGGGGUUGGGGGCGCGCGCCUUCCUCAACGCCAUGCCCUCAGGACGCACGCGCAUGGAGCCUGCCGCCUUCAUUGCCGAGUUGCGAAUCCGCCUGGGGGUGCCCGAAGCCACUGAUGAUUGCUGGUGUCCUCGCUGCGAUGGGGUCUUGGACUGCUGGGGCUACCACGCUGGCAUGUGUGUGGCUGGCGGCGAACGGACUCUGAGACACAACGCUGUCCGUGACCUUGUGUGUUCCUGGGCUGAGCGGGCUGGCCUUCGGCCGGAGAAGGAGCGCCCGAACCUUCUGCUGCCCACUUGCCCUGAAGACACGCAGACAGGCAGACGUCGCCCUGCCGAUGUCUUUCUGCCUGCCCUUGCUGGGUCUCCCGCUGCGCUUGACUUCGCUGUUACAGCGCCUCAGCGGCAGGAGACCCUAGCACUGGCAGGCAGGGAGACAGGCGCGGCGGCUGCUGCCUACGCCCGCCACAAGGAGGCGCACUUGGGCACUGCGCAGGCCUGUGAGGGCCAGGGCGUGGUGUUUGUGCCGAUGGUGGUGGAAUCCACAGGCACAUGGGACAAAGGUGCGGGCAUCGUCCUCCAGCACAUUGCGCGGGCUGUGGCUGCGCGGACUGGCGAGGAGCCCCAGCGUGCACAUUCCGCCCUCAUGCAGGAGCUGUGCGUUCUGAUCCGUGCCCAUCGGGCGCGGGCGGCCCUGCGCCGCCGCGCUGAAGCUGCGGAGACAUGGGCGAUGCUGGAGGCAAAGGAUUUCCGCACCUUCCUGGAAGCACGGAGCUGCGCUCGGGAGGCCUUGCCGCUGCAAACGGCCGUCCCUGCGUUAGAUGCCAACUCCAGCCCUCCGACGGAUGGAGAGGCGGCGCUUGCGAAGAUGAGUGUGGAAGCUUCGGGUGACAUCGCAGAGGACGAAGGUUGCACUGGGCCACUGGACGCGCUGAGCGUGGCCGAGAGCCAUGAGGAAGACACGAAACUCGCCAAGGAGAAGCCGAUCAAGAAACUCGUCCCUGAUGCGGACAAAGGCGCUUUGCCAGUGCCGAAGGAGGACCUUCUCAAAGCAGUGCCGAUGCGAGCCAUGGAGCCCGGCGAAAAAGUUGGAAACUCGGAGCCGCCCGAGCUGCCGGCAAAGCCCAGCCCAGCUGAGGUCCCACCCGAUUCCAUUUGGACUGCAAAAGAGACAGCGCCAGCCAAAGAGAAGGACUUGGUGCCCGAGCAGCUCGAAAGACUGCGGCAAAAGGCGCAGGAGGCCCUGCUGAAUGGCGCGCAGACAGGAGAGCUCUGGGGCCUCCUCCAGCGCUUCGCCGCGCGGAGCGCUGGGCAAAAAGCCUCGGCGGCUCUCUGUGAGGCCGCGCAGUCGGGUGAGCUCGUCGAUGCACUGCGGAAGUGUGGAAGUGCGCAGGCGAUGGCCUCCACGGAGUUCAACCUUCGGCAGCAUGCCGUCGAGUCCCUGGUCGUGGCUGCCGAGUCUGGCAAGCUGCUUGAAGCCUUGCAUGAGCGAAAGAACAGCGAGGAGGAGAGGGAUCGGGCUCGUGCACUGGUGCAGAAUGCUCGCGAGCAG